CAAAUAGUUGUACUUUGCAUUUUAAUCUAGAAAUAACUUUUUCAUUUUCCAGAAUUCUCAAUGAAAAUUAUUUGACUGAAUUACAUAAAGAUUCAUUUGAAGGCCUGCUAUCCCUCCAGUAUUUAGAUUUAUCCUGCAAUAAAAUACAGUCUAUUGAAAGACAUACAUUUGAACCACUACCAUUUUUGCAAUAUAUAAAUCUUGGUUGCAAUUUACUCACAGAACUGAGCUUUGGAACAUUUCAGGCCUGGCAUGGAAUGCAGUUUUUACACAAGUUAAUUCUCAAUCGCAAUCCUCUGACAACUGUUGAAGAUCCGUAUCUCUUUAAAUUGCCGGCAUUAAAAUAUUUAGACAUGGGAACAACUCAAGUCCCACUUGCAACACUUAAGAACAUUCUCACGAUGACUGUUGAACUGGAAAAACUGAUCUUACCUAGCCAUAUGGCCUGCUGCCUCUGCCAAUUUAAAAAUAGCAUUGAGGUUGUCUGCAAGACAGUCAAGCUGCAUUGCAACAGUGCAUGUCUGACAAACACCAUACAUUGUCCUGAAGAAGCAUCUGUAGGGAAUCCAGAAGGAGCGUUCAUGAAGGUGUUACAGGCCCGGAAGAAGCACACGAGCACUGAGCUGACUAUUGAGCCGGAGGCGCCCUCAGACAGCAGUGACAUCAACUUGUCAGGCAUUGGGAGUGAGCAGCUAGACACCAAUGACGAGAGUGAGGUUAUCAGUGCACUAAGUUACAUCUUGCCGUAUUUCUCAGCAGGAAAUCUAGAUGCAGAAUCAAUGUUGUUACCGUUCAUGAAACGGCUCUUUUCUAAUGCACAAGAUGGAGACAGGCCCCUGAGUAUUUUGAAAAACAAUACAAAGGGCCCCUCUCUUCAACCUGCAUCCAACAACUCAACUUACGAAAGUAAAUUGAGAAAGCUGUACUUGCUGGAAAAUAUGUUAGAUACAGAAAUACAAGAAAAAAUCAAUGAAGUUAAAAGGGAAGAAAAAACUGCCAUGCUUAUGCAGACCAGCCUUCUAGGUAACAAAUUUAAACGCCAAAUAUUUGAAAAGAAAUUAGAAACUGUCCAACCACAGGAAAACAGCCUGGCAAAGAUUCAAAGUGAAGGCAGCAACCUGCAGAGAGUGAACAGAGUCCUCACGGGCCCAAGGAGCAUCCAGAAAAGGCACUUCAAAGAGGUGGGAAAGCAGAGCACCAGGAGGGAAGAGGGUGCGCAGGCAUUUGUGGAGAGCGCUGCCCAAGAAAAAAGGCUCGGGAGCCCGGUCUCAAGGGAGCUGGAACAGCCUCAUAUAGAGCAGGGGCGUGAGAAGUUAGUGGGAAACACCGUCUACACCAAGCCUUCGUUCACCCAAGAGCGUAAGGCGGCAGUCUCCUCUGUGCUGAAACCCUUCUCCAUGGGCGAGCCUUCUGCCUCCACCCCUGCAAAAGCCCUACCUGAGGUCAGAGACAGAUCAAAAGACUUAACCCACGCCGUUUUCAUUUUAGAAAAUGCAAAGGCUAGAGUUAAGAAUAUGAAGGCUGCCAAACCAAUCGUACAUUCCAGAAAAAACUACCGCUUUCAUAAAACUCGCUCCCGUGUGGCCCACAGCACACCCAAGGCCAAAAAGAGUCAAAAGUUGAGAAAGAAAAGUUAUCUCGAUAGACUGAUGCUCGCAAACAGGCCGCCAUUCUCUGCAGUGAACAGCCUCAUAAAUUCUCCUUCACACGGGGCUUUUUUGCCUUUAGUAGACCUGAGUCCUAAGGAAAAUCCUUUUCCUAAACUAUUUGAUACUUCAGAACGUGUUAUAGAGAACACUAAUGUAAAGAACACAACUGCAAGAAAUGCCUUCAAAGAAAACAUUUUUAUGGAAAACACUACUAUGCCGGAAGACACCAUCUCUGAAAACACAACCUACAAUCCUCCUCCUGAGGCAGAUUCCUCUGGGACUGCGUUCAACUUAGGGCCAGCUGUUAAACGAACUAAUCAGACACAAUGGGAAUACAACAACAUGGGCACUGACCUGUCCCCCAAGCCCAAAAGCUUCAAUUACCCGUUGCUCUCAUCCCCAGGUGAUCAGUUUGAAAUUCAGUUAACCGAGCAGCUACGGUCCCUCAUCCCCAGCGAGGAUGUGAGAAGGUUUAUUUCUCAUGUUAUCCGGACCUUAAAGAUGGACUGCUCUGAA